AUGCGUAAACAUCGGAAAGCUCUGGCAACCACAGGUGCGGUUGCCAUUUUCGUUUGGUUCCUUGGUGCCCAUCUUCUCUUCGUAUCGGAGUUCCGCAAUCCGGAUCUGGAAAUUCACUUGAACUAUGGGUCCCUGUUGCGAUCCAUCUGGGCUUCUUCAAUUUUCUUGAACGGCGAAUGGGUUUUCUGCGAUUUCACGUGGCCAGGAAAGGCAGUGGGAUGUUUUGUGGUCCUUUUUGGAGUGAGCAUCGUCGUAGUUCCAAUGAUGGUUUUCUCUGGCGAGUUCAUGAAGCAGCUGCUGGGUGAUUUCUUCGAACACAACGUGGAGCAUCUGAAGGCUGAGGAAGGGGAUCUAUGGCAGCUCAAGAUGGAACCGGCUGACGAUGCUCCAACCUGGCGCAAAGAAUUAUUCAGCCUGCUUUACGCACAUUUGCAGAGGCUGAGGAAAGGCUUGCAGCAGCAGACACAGUAUCAUCGGGCCAGAGUUCUUCGAGAAGAAAGGCCUUGGAAAUUUCAGCUGUUCAAGCACGUGUCGCUGGUAGCAUCUCUGAUCUUCACAGUCGUGACGUUGAUGGAAAACAGCCAGUACAUGAACGCCGAAGUGGGAUGUCGGCCAAGGGAGCUGAACAGAAACGUCGUCUUUUACUACGUUCUCAGCACCAAGAGCCCACAAGAAUGUCGGAGGUUUCUGGUUUGGGUCGAUAUGAUUGAAGCAAGGGUUGACACGCUUUUUCUGAAUUUCUUCAUCCUGGAGUUCAUUCUUCGGUGCAUCGCCCUGGGCUGGCGCCACUUGGUCUCUGAGCUGGGCCUUGCGGAGCUCUUCGCGAUUGUUGGCUUGAUCUGGUCGCUGCCGGCACAAUAUCGAGAGGACGCGUUGCACAACCCGAAGACAUGGGAGAAAUGGCGACUCCGCGGGAUCCUUCUGGGAGCCGUCGUGCCUCUGCGACUCGCCCGGCUGGUCUCCGUGGGGUCCUAUUUCGGAGUUGUCCGCGCGGUCCGGAAGGUGAUCUUCAUUGCCCGGUGGCCUUUGAUCAAGAGCUUCUACUUUCUCGUUGUGGUGUGGUACACUCACGCCAUGCUUCUGCACUUCGCGGAGAUGGACAAUCCCAAACUGGCCAUCGCUGGUGCGCAAGUCCAGCCGGCAGAGGAUCCCGAGGCCAUAGUCAAGCGAAUAAAGCCGAUGCAGCAAUCGGAACGAUUCGGCGACUACCUCGUGGCCAUGCAGUACAGUCUUUUGCACCUGACUGGCGACUAUCCCAUCGUAAAGUACACCUUCGCUGCCAAGAUCCUGCUGAUUGUCGGGCUGGUGGUCGGUACAUGUGCCAUCGUGGUGUGGACUGCAAUUUUCAGCUCCAGCAUGGUGAACUACUUGGCGAACGAGGCCGUCGAGGACCCUUUGGCCAAAGCAGUGGAGCGUCGGAUGUUGUUAGCAAUAGAGGUUGUGACACGAAUUCAGCGCAGUUGGAGGCGAAGGCAAGCUGCAAAGAAGCAAGCGAUUGAACAAGGCUCAUGCCGUGUCGAGACUCAAACAGAGGGCUCCAGGAGGCCCUCUAGGCCUGGCGACGUCGUCACCAGAAGAUGGUGGCGAGAUUGGAGAGCAUUCCCUUGGGAGCGUUUCUUUCAGAUCACCCUCGUUGUCAACCUGUGUGUUAACAUGCUUUGCUCGCUGCCAGAGGUCGUUGAGCGGCCAACAAAGGGGACGCUAACAUGCGACGAGCUAUUUCGUCAAAAGAUGCAAGCGAAAUUCGAGGCAGUGUGUCUCAUCAUCUUUUCAGCAGAGCUGGUCUGCGCUCUUCGAGCGGGCAAGGGCAGUGAAGGAAAGCGAUGGUACUUUUAUCGCACCGUCGAUUUCAUCUGCUUGCUGCCCGGGCUUGCCACGAUCGUGGCAGUCAUGGCCGAGCUCUACAGUGGGGGCGAGGGCCCUUCCUGUGGAAAGAAUGCCGAAGUGUCAGACUUCCUCGAAGCGUUGGACAUGCCUCUUAAAGCAAUGAAGAUGAUCCGAGUUCUACGUAUCCUGUUCUGGCGCCAGUGGAAGGAUGACGUGCAAGUCUUCAUUCGAGGGGUAACAUCUACAGGCCCGAUUCUCGCGGUGCCGGUGUUCAUGUCGCUUCAAAUCUGGGUGGUGAUCUCGAGCCUCUUCGUUUUCACGGAGAACUCCUGGACAUCGCCCUCCCAGGCCUUCUUUGCAUCGGUGCCCUCGUCCAUGUACUGGACCUCUUCCUUCCUUAUAGGAGAGUGGACCCUUGCGGACUUUUCACCAGGAGCUGGCUCACGUGUCUGCAUCUGCACAGCUCUUUUUGGCACCAUGGGUUUUGCGAUCCCCAUGGGCAUCCUCAUGGAGGGAGUCAAACAAUCCAUGGUCGUCGACAUGAUGGAGCGGUUGCCCCUCAACGAGUUGGCAGAGUACGAGGACACCGAGGCGAAAAAGGCAAAGCGUCCGUCUCAGCAGUCGAUAAAGACAGAGGCAAUGCGCCAUCAGGCCGAUGCUUCGUCAAGUUCGAGGAUGGACAGAAGGAUGGACCGUGGAAUUGACAGACAGCAGCAGCUCAGGCGCGCGGCCAAGCUCGCUGCUAUGACAAGGCUGCAAGUCUCAAAGGGCAAAGGCGACGCCCACAGGCCGCCGAAGGCAGGCCGAGCGUGA